CGGCCGAGUCAUCGUCGGGGGCUAACCCUGAGCCACAUCAACCCCAGUUCUAGUGGUCAAGUGAAUCUGUGUUGAGCUACGAUAGGGGAAAGUUUUGUUCCUAUUUUCUCUACCCAAGUGAAUAGAAGGUUGAAAUGUCCACUAUGGUGAGCGCAUCAAGUUUAGCAGAACCACCUACACCGAAUCCAGAUGUGUUGCUUGCCCUACUAUCCAGAAACAAGAGUUUAGAAGCUACCAUACCGAAAUGCGCUGGAUGCGAACAGCCCAUUAUGGACAGGUUCAUCUUGAAGGUUCUGGAUCGAUCUUGGCAUGCUAAAUGUCUCAAGUGCAUCGAUUGUCAAGCUCAACUGAAUGAUAAGUGCUUUGCUAGGAACGGCCAAGUUUUCUGUAAAGAAGAUUUUUUCAAAAGCAUUAAGCGUUUCGGUACAAAAUGCGCAGGUUGCGAUCAAGGUAUACCACCGACACAAGUAGUGAGAAGGGCACAAGAUAACGUAUAUCAUUUACAUUGUUUCGCUUGCAUUUUAUGCAAACGACAACUGAAUACGGGAGACGAAUUUUAUUUGAUGGAAGAUAAUAAACUCGUCUGCAAAACUGACUACGAAGCUGCCAAAGCACGCGAGGGGACAACGAAACGUCCAAGGACCACUAUAACUGCAAAACAGUUGGAAACGUUGAAAACAGCAUACAACAAUAGCCCGAAACCAGCUCGACACGUAAGAGAACAAUUGAGCCAAGAUACGGGACUCGAUAUGAGAGUGGUACAAGUGUGGUUUCAAAAUAGAAGAGCAAAAGAGAAAAGGUUGAAAAAAGAUGCAGGAAAGACAAGAUGGAGUGAAUAUUUCAGAAAUGCCACGGGAAAUGUUAAACAUAGUUCCACAUCAUCCACACCUGUUCAAGCGGGAGCGCAACCUAAUUCACCUGAGGAUCAUCGAGAAAGGAAUGGAGAAAAAAGGAGUUCCAAGCACGAUUUAGAUAGAGAUAAGGAUUCUGUUUAUUCAGACGAUGUACCCGAAAUUCGGCAAUUUGUGCCAAGAUUAUCUUCAGGAAUGAUGGAUGAGGACGGGCAUCCCCAAGGUCCACCAUUACCUCACGGACCGAAUGGACUCAGCUACAUCAGCGGACCUCAUCCCUAUCCCGGUCCAGGUACGCCACCCUACCUCAGUGGAAACCACAGUCCAGGGAGUCAAUAUCCAGGAACCUUCUACGGAGAAGGAUUAGGUGGGCAUUAUAUGGCGGCUUCGACACCGAUUUCUGAUCAAAACGGGCACAUCUCCACCCUUUCUAAUCGACUUAUCGUCCCUACACCCACAGAUCUCAGUAACAGCAGUAGCAAUCAUGGAUAUCCGGACUUUCCUCCUAGUCCUGCAUCAUGGCUUGAAGAAGUUGAUGCACCAGCAUCUUCGAUAACUCCAUCCCACGCUGCGCCUCCUUCAGCAGCUCAGUACUGAUGUGUAUGACCCCCUCUUUGACAAAUAUGUUGAUAUGACUUUUAGACGCGAUGCUGUCAGUCACCAUACUGUUUGUUUGUCUGUCCCUCUUCUCGUGGAAGAAAUAAUUUUUUCAAUUGUGGAGAAGUGGGUUUUCCAGUUCCUGAAUUAUAACGAAUGUAGUACGUGUGAUAAGCACAAUA